UGUUGCGGUUGUCAAAAUUGGAAACCUUAAACAGCAUUAUGAAAUUAGACGUGGACACUUUGAAGAAACUUACCCGCAGCAGUCCGAGAUGAAAAGUCCAACCGUCCAACCAACUAAACGCCACACUGUCCGACCAACUAAACAUCCUGUUGCAAUCACACAGUCUUAUUUCAGCAAAUCAGUGUUCAAUCUACAGUCCACCGGCAUCAAACCCAAAGAUCAGAGUCUCUCAUCAACAGUAGUGUCUGUGGUCUACAUCAGCAUUGGAUUAACACUCAUUGUGAUUGGUUUGCUUGUGGCACUGACAGUGAUAUGUAAGAAGAAGAAUGGAGGGAAGAAAUCCCCAACAGUUACCUUCAGAUCAAGAGAGCACUCCAGAGGAGAAAACUGGAAGACUGCGGAGUCUACAAUGUCAAGUUCUAAUCUGAAGAUUGUCCUUCUGGGUAAAACUGGAUCAGGAAAGAGUGCAACGGGGAACACCAUACUGGGUAGAGAUGCGUUUAGAGAAUCUUGUAGUUCUGCAUCUGAAAAGUGUGAAAUACAAGAUGCAGAAGUGGAGGACAAAGUCAUCUCAGUGGUCGACACUUCAGGACUGUUUUAUACAUCACUGAGUGAAGAGGAUCUGAAGUCUGAGUUAGAGAAGUGUGUCAUCAUGUCUGCUCCUGGUCCUCAUGUGUUUCUGCUGGUCAUCAGACUGGAUGUGAAAGUCACAGAUGACAUGAACACAGUGAAAUGGAUUCAAGAGAACUUUGGAGAAAUGGCCCUGCAGUACACAAUGAUUCUGUUCACUCAUAAAGAUAAGAUAGAUCAGCCAAUAGAGCAAUAUAUAGAAGAACGUGAAAAUCUAAAACACCUGGUUAAUGAAUGCAAGGCUGGAAAUCACUGUUUCAAUAACAAAGAAAAAAAAAAUCGAAAACAGGUCACUGAACUAUUAGAAAAGAUAGAUAGUCUGGUGAUAGAGAACAGAGGAGAGCAUUACACCAAACACAUGUACCUGGAAGCUCAGAGAAAACUCUCAGAAGAAGAGAAGAAAUUGAAACAACUGUACGAUGAAUACACAAAAGAAAUGGAAGAGAUUAUGAGACAACAGAAGAUGGCAGGAUGCAGAGGAAGCAUGAAUCACCCUCCUGAUCUGAGGAUUGUGUUACUGGGUAAAACUGGAUCAGGAAAGAGUGAAUCUGGAAACACUAUACUUGGCGGAGAUUUUAAAUAUUUUGAAGCAGCUGCUUCCAUGGAUUCAGUCACUUCAUCAUGUCAGAAACAAAGAACUGUUGUGGGUAAACGGAUCAUCUCAAUCAUCGACACUCCAGGACUGUUCGAUACAUUAAUGAGUCCAAAGAACCUGCAGUCUGAAAUAACGAGGUGUGUCAUCAUGUCUGCUCCUGGUCCUCAUGCGUUUCUUCUGGUCAUCAGACUGGAUGGGAGAUUUACAGAAGAGGACAUGAACGCAGUGAAAUGGAUUCAACAGAACUUUGGAGAAGAUGCUGUAAAACACACCAUCAUUCUGUUCACUCAUGCUGAUGUGCUGAAGGGUGAAACAUUAGUUGAGUAUUUUAAAAAAAGUAACAAUGUAAAGGCACUUAUUAGGCAGUAUGGUGAAAGAUAUCACUCAUUCAACAAUAACAGCAGAGACAAAACAGAUCAGGUCACAGAGCUGCUUAACAGGAUAGAUGAAAUGGUAAAGGAAAAUGGAGGACAAUAUUACAGCAAUGAAAUGUAUAAAGAAGUUCAAAAGAUGAUUGAUUGGGAUACGUUUAAACAAAGAGCAAAAGUGUAUGGAACAGCAGCAUUAACAGCUGUAGGGGGAGCAGCAGCAGUAAUGGCAGUAAUAUUUUCAGCAUUACGUCGAUGAAUAGGAUGUAAUGACAUAGAUGAUGGGUAGGUCACUUUGUUUUAUAACCUAUAUUAAUAUUUAUUUUACACUUUUUUUAUUUGUAAUAAUAUUUGUUUUGCCUUCCUCUAACAACUUGCUGUUUUAUUUAUAAAACAAAACAAACCACAAUGUCAUACAAAAUUUAUUUUAAAUAUUAAAAAGACAUCAUAAAAUCUGGUUGAAAAUUAGAUUGUGUUAAUGGACAUCACUGGUGUCAUCUGAAGAAGCAAGUUUGUUGUUUAGUAGCACUGCUCACAUGCAGUACUGAACACACUGUACCAAAACUGGAAAUUGUCCAUUUAAAAUCAACAAUAUGUUCUGACUUUCAGACAUUGGGUGGCUUCUGGUGAAGGAAAGCUUGUGUACAUGCAUAACUGCAUUUGUAUUUUAGUGCAUAUUAGGUUUUUAUGUAGACUAUGUACAUUGCAUUUCUAUGAGACUAGUUUUACUACUGGAAUUUCUUAAGUGCAGUUCCUAUGAUUGUAUUUCUGUUUUAUUUCUAGUUCUAAUAUUUUAUUUUUCCUUUUUUUUUGAGUGUCUCACUAUUCUCUUUAAGGCAUGUUGUGCAUUGAGCAUAAUGUCAAGUUCAAAACAUUAUUUGUGCAUAAUAUAUAUUAAGCCUCAAUACAGGUUUUGAAAGAAAGAAUGAGCAUCUUCAGUACACCUGGAUUUGAUAACAUGAGUUGUUAGCAAAUACUGUCUGUUAAAGGAGAGUCUUAUUGCAGCAGUCUGAUUUACCCUGAACUGUCUAAAUGUUCUUUUUGUAUGCAUGUAUGUUUCAUCAGUCAAUGUGAAAUGACUGCUGUCAACGUCAAAGGAUUUCAACCAUUGUGCUUUGUGUCUCUGUGUGUCCUACUCAGACUGUAGAUUAUCUUAUAUCUAUAUAGUGUGAGAGCACUUUUAGAAAUUAAAACACUAACUUUUUUUACUGGUUCACAUCACUUCAUGACAAUUGUCCCACCGUAUGGUCACUUUGAAGUAUAAUGUCCUAUUCCAAAACAAACAUGUUUAGAGCACACAUUCAGGAGCACACGUUUCAGAAAUUUUCAUUUUAAAAAUGAGAGUCAACAUCUCAACUAAACAAACAUUGAUCACACUAAGGGUGACUUACAAAGAUUCAACUUCAAUAAGAGCUUUUGUAGAUGUGUGUCCUACAGUAACUAGCUGGCAACAGUGUUGCCAAUAUAUCACUAGAAAUAGCAUGUAAAUGCUAACAGUGUAGCUUAUUCUGUACUUUUUGUCUAUUGCUUUCUAUCUGCUUUUUUGUUUCCACACGUUGCUUUGCUUUAUAAAUAAUAAAAACAUGAUAUAAUGUAGGCUAUCCUGUUUGUUGAUAGGUUAUAGGCAACCCUAAUUAUCACUUGUGCAUAAUUAAAAAAGCAAUGAUUUUUUUUCAUUCAACAUCAUUUAA